UUCAUAUUUGGAGAAGCAUCAGUAUCAGAAGUCCCAUGGAAGAAAUGUCGGCAUAUAUGGCUACGUUUGGAGGGUAAUGGUUCAAAACGAGACGUAGAGGAAGUAUCUGCUUGGAUGGGGUGGGGUGAUUCACGGAGUUUUUCCCGGUAUUUACAGGCACCAGGUUAAAUAUUCAGAAUGUGAUCUCUUCAUUCAAUCGUGAUGCUGUAAACUCGGGGUACAGCAGAUGGUGGCGUUCCCCUUCAGUCCUGUUGCCCGUCAUUAAAACUCAAGAAGAAGAAGAGCCUCAGCUACGCAAUGACGUAAUGCGCCUGCACACCGUCAUGGAACCGCAACACCGGGGUACAGGAGGAGAUCGACCGUUAGCUCGAGCCGGUGCCCCCGACGUGAGCCGUCACCGGGGCCGAGUCCAGUUGCGUCACUCUGUUCAAAUCUACUGCUCGUUACAAUGAAUAACGUUAGCAAAUGAUAACACGGAGCGGUGCUAAACAUGGCCAUCAGUGCAAAGGGGGGUUCCUUGUGUCUGAAGAAGAUAUGUUUCCAAGGUGUCAGGAAACAUUUCUCUGCUGUGGGCGUUGAGGCUGUUCUCGGUCUUCCGACGCCUCUCAUUAAGGACCUUCUCCCUCAUCUGACAGUAUGUCAGCUGGAUGAGCUGCAGCCUGCCCUCAACCAGAGAGGGUUGUCAACUCAUCCUGGGUGGAUUAGAGUCCUACAGGACAUGUGUGGACCUAACCACGUAACGGACUUUGACACAGAAGAGGAGGCCAAACACGAAGUAAUGAGGAUGCUCUUUACUCUCGUAUUCUAUGGCUUCACCAACCCCUUCGUCAAAAGGAACAUUGCAAAUUUGAACACGCCGUCCUUCCUGUGGGCGGCAGCUAAAUGCAUCAAACAUUUUUUGCUCACCACGCCGGUUGAGAGUUUAACCGCCGAGCGGCGACCUCUUCUGAACCUUUUAGAGAAGCGUAUCUGGAGCGUUGGCGUAUCUCAGAGCAUCGACAUAUCAAAGAGGAGAACCCAAACUGCGUUGUACGUCCUCCAUCGCCUGCUGGACCACGGGGUGGCCAAGAAAAUUGUGGUUCAUGUGCAGUGUCCCAUAGUGCUGGCCUGGAUCCUGCAUGGCAGGGGAUCACAAUAUGUCAAUCCGGACCUCAAGGAGCUGCUGGAGAGCAAGAAGGCGAGCUGUGUGUCACAAACCGCUUCAGCCAGUGCCGAUGGGGCCAGCUGCGGUUCAGGCCUUGCGACCGGGGCUGCGGAGGAACAAGUCACUCCCUGCAAACGCUCCAAGCUGGACUCUGCAGAGGAACCGGGGAGAUCAAACUUCACGCUGGACCCGCAGGUGCUCUGUCGAACCUUCACUCCACGUGACGGCCUCUCAGUGGGGGCGUGUCCAUGGGGACGGAUCGAUUGUCUGGACAUCAGGCAGUGUGGGUCGGACUCCCUCAGAGUGCUGAACUCGGCCCUUCCCACAUUCUUCUGCCUUCGCUCUCUAACUCUCCACAGCUUCUUGACCUUCAGAGACUCGGAUGUGUUAUCGUUGGCCAAAGCCCUGAAGCAGCUGUCGGACAGCUCUCACAGCUCUCUGGCCGACCUGAACAUCAGCGUCCUGCCGUGCACCUGGCUCGUGGAGGUCCUGCUGGAUGCCAGCCCCAAACUGACCUCCCUGACCGCCGAGAUCCAGACUCUGAUGUGGGGGCAGCGCCUCCUGCCGCAACGACCAAGGGCUGCGGCGUCGGACGUCUCAGAGCGUCUGCCCCUGGAGAAGCUGGACAUCAAAGUGGCCGAGCUGCAGACAGAUCUGCGCUUCGUCACGUCCGUGCUGAGACGCUGUCCACAAUUCACCUCGCUCCGCCUCGCCGGGAUCAGAUUACCAAGCGGCUCCUCCCUUAGCCAACUCUUUACCACUCUCUCAGACUCCAAUCCCCUGUUGAGGAGUCUAAACUUGGAGGACCUGAAGCUGUCUGAUUGCCUCCCGGAGAUCCUGAAUCUAUUGAGAGACUGCAAGUUGGAAGAGCUGCGCUUUAAUGACUGCCGCCUCCUGGAGCAGUGGAGCAACAAGGAGGAGAGCCUCCAGCGGCUGGUGGAUGCUCUGAAGGCGGUGCCCUCCCUACACGCACUCAGCCUGGCUCAGAAUCGUCUGGCCAAGAACUUGUGUGUGCUGGCCGAGCUGUUUUCAGGGCCGGCGCCGAGCUCCGUGAAGCGACUGGACGUCAGUUCCAACUUCAUUCAGCCUGCUGAGCUGCUGGUGUUUGCCAAGAGGUUGAGGACCCAUCGUCCACCACACCGGCUGACCCUUGACCUUAGGGUAAACCCAGGGGACAGAGACCCUGACACGUGGAACGCCGCCCUGAAGAGGCUUCGUCCGUUCUGUGUUCUACUGGUUAAAGGAUGGAGCUCCACUGACACGAUGGCCGACCACAUCAGCAAUAUGUGAAGAAAGCUGUGCGAUUGUUAACGCACUGUAAAAAGUUACUACUGUCUGUCAUAGUUUAUCAAGAAAUGCUUUUACAUUAUUUUGCUUUGUAAUUACUCAUGUGACACAUCGAUAUGGUCUACGCAUGUUAUUUUUUUAUCAAAUGUAACAUUUUCUUCACUUGUAUCAGCCAACUUAAUGGCUUAGUUGGAAAAUAAAAGAUCGCAGCGUUA